UUCAUUACUUUUUUUCGCCGAAAGAUGGCUACUGCUGGUACAAGCAGUGGAAUUAUUAAACAAGGAUCAGCAUGGUUUCAACGAAAAGUAAAUUUACGGCCUGUCCACAGAGGAUGUCAUCUAGUAACGGAUGAACUAUUAAAACAAAUUCCAGAAGUAUCUCAGUUUUCUGUUGGCCUUUUUCAUGUUCAGAUUAUGCAUACAUCAGCAAGUUUGGCAUUGAAUGAGAAUUGGGACCCACAUGUUCGGGCAGACAUGGAGAUGUUUUUAACACAACUUGUACCUGAAUCUACACCUUUUAAACAUUCCUGUGAAGGUCCUGAUGACAUGCCUGCUCAUAUAAAAGCAUGUUUCUUGGGCUCUAGUUUAACAAUACCGAUUACUGAUGGGCAGUUAAAUCUUGGCACAUGGCAAGGUAUUUGGUUAUGUGAACAUAGAAACAGAGCAGGUUCACGCAAAGUUAUUGUUACAAUCAAUGGUGUACUGCAGGAAUAAAAAAAAAAAUUCAGUUGAUGUUUGUGUAUUCCAAUAUCGGAAACAUGGGAUUUUCCUGGAAGUGAAUGAUGUUAUUUUGUUUGCUAAGCUAUCAACUCUUUUUUAUAAAAGUUAAUUAUACUCUCCAUUUAUAAUUGUACAAAUAGAUUAUUUGUACAGUAUUUUGCUACAUAAAAAUGAAAGCAUCUUCCUAUAUAAAUGAAUACAAAUAUUGUAUUUAAUAAAUAGUUAUAGUACUUGUUUAAAUGUGCACUUAUUAAAACAUUUUAAUUGCAUUUUGCUGGAGAAGUUUGUUACAUCUGUUGAACCUAUUAUGACAUGCACAUAUCACAUUUUGUUAUCAAAGAAUUAAAUUUAUUGAUAAUUUUACAGGAAAUGUUGAAGUAAAUGAAUGUGCCAAAGAUAUUGCAUCUUCCAAAUGGUAUUGUUUCUAACUUGCUAAAUAAUUAAACUUCAAUAUAAAUUCCCUUAAUUUUUAUUUUUUUAGUUUUGAUAUUUUGAAAAUGAACCAGUGCAUUAAAAUUUUUGUUUUAUUCAUAUAUCAUUUUGUAGAAAAAUGAGUGACAUGUGAUAACAUAUGAUGGUUUUAGUAUAUAAAAAAAUUAAUAUUAUUUAAUGGGAAAAAAAGUGGAUUUUCAAAUAAUCUGAAAUUAUUUUUAAUUUUUAACUUCAGUGAAAAGCACUCAAUGUAAUUGGUUGCUUUUAAAUUGCAUGGGAUGAAAUUUUUUUUGUUUAGUUCUUGUAAUUCAUACUUGUUAAUUUUUAAUGUAUCACUCAUGUCUAAUUAUGUUGCCAUUUGAUUUACUAUAAUGUUCUACUUUUAGUAUUGAUUUUUUGACAAAACGUCUGAUUGUUAUGAAAGUUAUUCUUAUAUCUAAAACGAUCUGCACUAUGUUCAUUUCUCAACUACUUUAUAGUAAAUGUGUUUUAUUUCAUAUUUAAACAAGCAAUAAU